UACAGCUGAUGGCAGCAAUAACAAAAUCAGCUUUAAUUUGUUUAUUUUUUUCGCUAAACAAUACAAGUCACAACGCGCACCAACACGCUCAACCCACACACACACACACGGAGAGAAAUAACAACAAAUUGUUGAAAAUUUGCUAAAAUAACAAGACAAAAACAAGUGGCUUAGGAGCAACAAAAAUGGAAAUGUAAAAAAUUGCGUUUUAAUAUUAGUUGCUAUUUGCUGCAGCAACAAAAGAGCACUAUUUAAAGCUGGCGUUCUCCUUCGAUCGCCAUAGCCGCAUUCAGUUUGGUCUCAUCGCUCCGAGCGUCCAGAACGUAAACACCAUUGCCCGAUGCUUGAUGAGUUGCUGGUUAGCCGGAGCAGCUUCUUCGCGUCUCCUCCAUUAUCUGUGAUUUUCCAUGGCCGGGAUGGAGGUGAAGGUGGAGGAACAGAAGCAGCAGCUGCUACUGGAUACCCUGAACCGACUGUGGACCCAAUAUCUCCAGGCCUCGGAGCAGGAAGAUGCGAGUGUCAAGGACCACUGGCUUUGGCUUUUGUUGUAUAAUUUCCAGUUUCUGGAUGAUGAGGCGCUGGAAGAUGCUUGGCUCAAUAGCCACUUCAACCUGCUGCCAGAAGAGCUCUGCUCUUACUUACUGGAACAGGUCUAUCAAAUCAUUAGCGAAGCCAAGCGAUCUCAAAACAACAGCCCGGAACAGGAGCCAGAGCAGCAGGACAAGUGCAUCAAGCAGCUGCGCAAGCAACACAAUCUAGCUCAGCUCAUACUCAGCACGCCCAGUGAUUGCAACAAGAUACUUGCCCUGCGCACAUUUCUCACCGACAAGUUGGGCCAUCACCUGCUGGCCUUUCUUUUGCGCGUAAAUAUCAAGCACAUUGCUUCCCAAAAGAGCCUCUGCCAGCUGUGCAUCAAUCUGUUUCCUAACUGCAAGUGGAGCCCCGCCAAUCAGCCACUGGCUCCAUUGACCAGCAUUUCCCAGUUCAUAGGCAGCUUUUACCUGGCUUGGCAAAGCAAAAAACCGCGACGACAGCAGCCUCAAACAAGUCAAUUAAACAACCAUGAAACCAAUUCCAUCAAAGAGAACUUUGAGGAUUUUAAAAGGACAACGAAAAGCAGCGAUGACUUGGCCCUGUUGCUUAUCCAACUCCUAACGCGGUGUGUGGAUGCCGAGCAAGAGUCCCAGCUAAGUGUCACUGUGCAUAAUUUCGCUUUGGGACAUUUGUGCUCCAGCUUGGAGCAAGAGGAGGAGCAAGACAACGACGAGAUCAUAAAAUUUGAGUUACUUCAACUGAUUGCCCACUGUGUGAAUAAUUUUUACAUCCUAGAGCAGCAGCAGUUAAAUGUCCAUGAUUUUAAUAGCAAUUUCGGGCAACUGCUCUAUGCAUUGACUGCCAAUCGGAGGAGUCCCCUGCUGGCCCAUGGCUUGCUCUACAUUAUGUUUGGCUCUCUGCACAAUCUUGUGGAUAAUGGAGUACGGGAGCUGAAUCAGAUCGAUGUGAGGAACUUUGAUGCCUGCUUUGAGGUCUUGCAGGAGGCAGCCAACUCCAAUUCGACUUCUAUUUUAUUCCUGCAUAUUUACAAGCUGCUCUUGCGACUGACAGACACCUUGUCGCGACAGGAACAGCAUCUGCAGAGUCUGAUGGAGAGCAGCACAUCAACCACACUGCCCAAGCAACCACAUACGCGCCACAAGAGGCAGAGAAGCAGUCAAUUGCAUUGCAUGGGAGCCGGUUCCUUGAGCUGUUACUUUCAGGGCAAGCUCUACCAUCUCCUGCCCAGCCUAGAGGCCGAGCUGCAGGAGCACAGUGUUAGGAGUCUGCUGCGCACGGGAAGCUGUUGCUGUCACUACAAUUCGAGGAACUUUGCCACCUGCCUACAGCUGGCCACUCAGCUUUCAUCAAGCAGUUAUCAGAAGUUGGCCUAUAAAUUCCUGCACUACAAUGUCUUGCACACAAUCUUUGUGAAGCGGGCGCCCCAGGGAUGUCCCAGUUGCGAGGAGAAGCUCAAGUCGCCAAGCUUUCACCUGGAUCUACUAAGCAUCUACAAGGACAACUACAAGCCUUUGCUAAACACCCCCGCCUUGCUGUUGUUUUUGAAGCAUUUAAAACACAUUGCUUACCUGCUCUCCUAUGACUUGGCCGCUGGCAUACUGGCCGAGGUGGCUCUACCCAUUUUUCGCCAACAUAAAGAGCUUAUAGAAAGCAAAGACAAUCAAAGGAGGAACAGCAAACUCUCCCCCCUGCAGCUACCUAGUAGACUAGACAACUACCGGGCUCUCCACGAAUGCCUGAGCAUAUUUGUAAUGUACUUGAGCGACAUUCGGCUGGUGAAAGCCUUCUACAACGAGGAGAACAUACGCUACAUGCAGGAUCUAUUGGCCAUACCAGAACUCCAGCGGGGAGUGUGUGAUCUCAUCAAGGUGGGCAUUGAUAACAUUGCUUUUCUCGGGGAAAACAGCCAGGAACAGAUAACGCUGAGCAGGCGACUCAUCCAACUGCAGUUGAAUAGCAGCGAUAAGGCCUCGCAGCUAUUCCAGGCCCUGCUGUCUAAGUGCUCCAAAAAUUCACAUAGCAAAUUCUGGCUAGACGAGGGCUGUCCCUCACUGAAGCUGGAAGGACACAAGCCAGCGGACAUACUCUACAUAACGGCCUUGCAAUGGACUUUGAACUUUGAGCUGCUCAAGACCAGCCAGUUGUUUUACAACGAGUUUGCCAAAAUCUACUCGAUACCCGUGGAAAUGCUGGACAAUGAGGAUGAGGAGGUGGAAUCGCCAGCGGGAGACCGGGUAACAGAGUUUCCAGAGGAGAAGAAGCUGCGGCAUGGGGAUAAAAACAUCAUUGACAUACUCAAGCUGAACUACAAUGCAUUGGGAUGUUUCCUCAUGCUACCCAAAGCCGCAAUGGGAGCAACCACAACCACAACAACCUCCACCGCAACCACGCCCACCGCAGGAGCCGCCGCCACCGCCACUGGCAUUUGCAACUCAAGUUCAUUGGAAACGCUGGUCUCGCAGCUGCCACUCGGCGGUGCCGCCUCAGUUUCAGUCUCGGUCACAACGGCUGCCAGUUCGGACUAUGCGGAUUCCUCUCUGGACUACGCCUCGGUAAUUGAUAGUUACUCCCGGGAUACAGCCGCACCCUCGUUCCUUGAGCAACUCCGUUCCAGUGAGCCGGACGAGAGUAUCGUGCUCUUUGACAUCCGUGGCAGCAGUCAGCAAGGAACAGUCACUACCAAGGACUCAACCACUUCAUCUUUGAUCCUGCCAAACGAAGAGGAAGUAGCAGCCAAUGGCUUAAUCAGCAAGCUCUUCAACAUUGUGGGCUCCAUAUUCGGUGGCAGUCCGGAGAGAAACUCCCCCACAAGUGGCAAUAUUGAAGCGGAUUUACUGUGCCUGUACGAACCAAACGGGGAAUGCAAGAAACUCUUGCUCAAACUCUUCGAGGCGACCAUGGCCAUAUGCAUCAAAGGGUUCCAAAACGAGGAAGUGGAGAAGAUGCAGAAGCACCUGCGCAAGUUGCGCGCUAUUAUUCUUACUCAUGCCUCGGAUAAUUGGUCAGAGCAUGGUGAACAGCAUGCCAGAGACAAUGCCGUGAUCCAGACCCUGCAAACUCUGCUGAAGAUAGCCGAGCUAUCGAGCAGCCAGCAUCAGGAGCACCCGGCGGGCGUGGUGAGCAGUCCCUCGGGGGACUCGCAACAGCCACGACCACGUGCUCGUUCGUUCAACAGCGGCAGCGUGGAGUUGCCCCGAUUGCUGCAGCCGGUUAAGCUGCCGGCUAAAAACUCCCUGGCCACACCACCGACUCCCAGAAGGAGGCCAAACUCCAGUGAACUGAAUGCUGGAGGCGUGGAUGCGGAUUACUUUUCUACAAGAGCCUCCUUGAGUUGUGCCGCCGAUAGCGAACUGGAGCUAAGCGAAAAUGAACACGAGUUUUACCUUACCGCUGAUGAAGGUUACGAGGCGGAUGGCGAGAUUGCAGACCUCAGCGAAUCCGAGUGCGAACUCAAUGGCGGCGUGAUGGCGCCCAAUGAAUCCUGGACUCCGUUUCAGCCCUCCUCCCGUUAUCGCACCCAUAUUAUGCACCAGGGUCUCAGCCAGCUGGUAGUUCAAAUGCUGGCCGAGCUUUCGCAACUCUGCAUGAAGCAGCCGAAUGGUUGGACCGAGAGCCUCACCCAGCUGGCCAAUAGAUUGUUUGUCAUCAGGGAUUAUCUGGGCGGACCUCUGUGUCUGCUCAAGGGUUUUGCGCCGAUUCUAAGCUGCAGUGAUCCGAGAUUGAGGGAACUUCAACAAUCCAUCUUGGAGCUCAUUACUCACCUCAAUACACCAGAAAUCCUGCAGUGUUACUACUCGAUUCUGGCCUCCAGACAGCCUCCAGUGGAUCUGCUGAUGCGCCACAUGCACCACAUAUCCUCAGGUUCACUGCGAAAGGCUCAGCCCUGCAUGGAGCUAGAGUUUCCAAUUAACACAGAUGGCAAGAUUGUGAUCACUUCGGAGCCGCUGGUCAGCGAGCAGAUCGAACGUAUUAGACUGCAUCACCAGCAAUGCCAGACGAGUACUUUGUUCACCCGGGCUGCCUGCAUUUUUCCGGUGACCCAAACAAGGCUUUGGCAACCUGAUGGCCUGACAUUAUCCCUCUGGAUGGAGCUGAAGGGUCAGCAUAUCCAUCGCAACUCAAUGCAGUUCAACGAUGACGAGACACGUUACUCGGGAGAGGAUUUAACGAAACUGCACUUACUUUCCCUGGGCACCAACCAGGCUAUGGUCAGCAUUUACAUAAGCCACAACAUGCAGCUAAUCUUUGAGCUGGUCAAGCCCAAUGAGCAACUGUCGCCAGUUCGCGUAGAGGAGCAUAUGGAUGCCAGUGCUGAGACAGCAUCUGUGAUAUCCGCCAAUACCCAGGCAGCGGCCAAUGGAGGAAGCAUUCGGCAAGCCCUCAAGCAGACCAAGUUAGCUCUACUCAACAGCUUCGGGCAAAUGCACUUGCUCAAUGGACACCAGUCAACAACGGCUGAUUCCUCGGGCGGUUACUUCGAGGGCUCGCCUGUGCAGCUGCAGCAUCUGCGAUUGCCACGCCACAAGUGGAUGCAUCUAGUUUUUGGUUUCCUGCGAAAAGGAGAUGCUUUGGAGAUUAGCAUUUUUCUGGAUGGCCUGGAACAGCACACCAUGCGCUUGCCUUUCCAUAAUCUGCGCCAGCUAACACGGGUGCAUAGUUUCCAGAUGCUGGCCUUGGGCGAGGGACAACCCACUAGGAGUCCCGGCAGCAAUUCCUCCUCCUCGCGGUCCACCCUGGAUGGUUCGUAUCCCCGCUACGCUCUGUCCAAUGUGAUUCUCUUCAGGCGUCGAUUGGUGGAUCCCUCGCUUAUGAUGAAUCUGACAGCCAUGGGUCCGGAUUUCACGGAGUUCACCCAGUGUCAAGUGGCCAACUGGAAGCCCAACUAUGGUUUUGUGAGUCUGGGCAAGCUGGCCUCUUCGAAUUUUGGGAAUCAUUUGGAGUGUAUGCGGCAACUGAGGCAGGCUAGGGUUUUGGUCUAUACCGCCCAGCAGCCGGAUCUGGUGAUGAGCUACGAUGCCAGCCAGGAGCUGGAUAUGGCCUGCUAUGGGCAGCCGCAUGGACACAUGCUGUAUGGUGAGCUGCUGCAGCACCAGCCACAGACCCUGCAGGCGGCCACUUCCCUCAGCGGUGGACUCUCCACGCUGCUGUAUCUUUUUGCCAGGAUUGUGGAGCUUAGUGGCAAUGCCAAUACCCAGGCAUUGGCUCUGGACCUGCUGCUCCAGGUGGCCCAUUCGGAUGCCCAGCUGUACACAGAGUUUCAGCGGCAGGAUUACCUGGCACUCAUAGGCUAUGUGAUAAAAUCCGAUAAAUGCAGCAAAGAUGUGCAGCUACUGCGUAGUAUUGUGAACAAUGCCUGCUCCCAGGCGCUGAUCAGCAGGAAGGGUGAAUCCCUGAGUGUAAAUGACAACACAAUGGCUACUCUAGUGUAUCCCCGCCUGCUGCUGGCCGUCCUGCAACGCUACUCGGACUGGCAUCGUUCCGGGGCCACCCACUCUGAUGUUCUGGACAUGCUCUUUUGCUCUAUUUUGGCUUUGACCCGGGAUAAGCAUCCUCAGCGGGACUUUAACAUGGAACAGCUGCAGAAAUCUGGUUUGUUGGUGGCCUUACUCAAUCUCUGCAAGGUCUAUGUCAUCGAGUCACCGAGUCCUGUACAAAUUUCACCCUAUGCCGCCGAGUGUUUUGUCCAAAUUCUGGCUGUGUUUGCGGGUUCACCUCCGGAAUCCUCGAUGCUGGAUGAGAUCAUGAAACUGCUCCUGCUACUGCACAAGCCCAGCGAGUGUUAUGUUACCCAUGACAGGACGCAUUUCUAUUUCCUCCUGACGGCCCAGCAACCGGCCAAGGAGAGAUCUUUGGUGGCAACUAAUUUGAGUAGGGUUACCACUUCCCUGCGGCGGCAACUGAAUCCUCCUCAGCCGCAGGAGCUGGAUCCCGAGAGAGCAGAGAGAAUCAAGAAGCUGCGACGCCUGCAUACCAGCACAUCCGCUUACAGAAAGGCCGUCAAUGAUUUCGAGGAGCAACUGGAGCAAAUGGCCGACUGUUCGAAUCUGAACAAGACUGCCCUGCGACUAAUGAGUCCUGUGGAGGCCACACGUUGGCGCUUGAAGUUCAAACGGCGGCAUCCUACGAACACUGGCAGUCCCAAGCGAAGUCCCCUAAAGAUAGCCCGAAGGCGCAUCCAUCCGCACCUGCAUCUGAGCAAGAUGUGGCAGCCCUCAGGCCAUAGUACCCCCAGCUCGGGACAGUUAUCCCUGCCGAAUAGGAAAACAGAUUUUUAUGAUCAGCCCGGGAUUAUAAGACUUCAACAGCGUCUGCUCAUCCUGCUCAAGGAUUUCCUGUGCCUGCUCCCAGACUCUGCAGUGGAUGUGGUUACCCGUCAUUACGUAAAGCUGGAAUUGCUUUUGGUGCUUGCUAACCAACGUAGUUGUGCUGUCCGGCAGGCCGUUAUCCAGCUUCUUGAAGUGCUAACGAAGCGUUUGGCCAGCGGAGAACUAAAUGCAGCCAUCAAGUCGCUGUAUCCUGUGCAUCUGGCCAACCAGCUGACCAUCCAUGGCUGUGAUAUAACCAUGUUUGAGGCUUGUUUGGCCUGGACUAGCGGGGUGCAUGGCAGCCUGGCGGAUAUGCUGAACGGCGAGGCUUCUUUAAGGAUACGCCAGCGCUUUGGCUUGCAGGCCCUGCUGGCCAUAGCCGAGGGAACAGAGCCGCAGCGUGUGUUUAAGGCUCUCUUAAGGGUCUAUAUGGAGAAUCCCGAUGAUCAACCCUGUCUGAUUGAGUACGGCCUGCUGCAGUGCUCGGUCAAAGCCUUGUUCAAGAUCUAUUCUCUACGCUUGGGCCAGCCAAAUGCAGAUGAGUCCAUUGUGGAGCUGCUGGCCAGUAUUGGUGAGCGAGCUUUGCGUUCGGUGGGUCAAAUCAAUCUCGUUUGGGACAUACUCAACCUGCUGGUCUUCUACCAAGACAAGCAACCCCAGCAGAUUAUGCGCAGCUUCCGCACGGUGCAAGCUCAGCUCCAGCUGGAAUGGCUGACCAAACUGUUUGAGCCCAACAGCUUCCGAAUACCAAGCAAUGAUUCCUCUCUAAGUCCGACGGAGUUGCGCACCCGCGUGGAACUCCUCAUCGAUCGCUGCACGCAGUUUUUCACCGUGGGUGUGGCACAGACCACGGGACCUAGCUAUGUGGCGAGUUCCCAGGAGCUAGCUCUCUUCCAGCUCCUCGUUUCCUACGGCAUUUCCAGCAAUCAACGUUGCAACAACUUUAUUGCCUGGGGCCUGCAACCUUCACGGCCGCGUGACCUGCGUUCCUACAUUGUAGACGCAUUGUGGCGAUCCCAGCAGCAGGAUGAAUUCCAGCGAGCCAUCAUUUGCGAUGGCAAGAUGAUCAAGGCUUUGCUUUGGCUUUCAUUGCUAGAGGACAUGGCGGAGCCCAUUGAAAAUCUGCAGAGACUUUGCGAUGUUUUGGGCAUCAAGGAGAAUGAUUCGUCGUGGAAUCUGGUGCAUGAAUUGGAUCGCCUCGAUCAGAACCGCAACAAUAUGGCGGCCAAGCAGAAGACAUUGCUGGAGAAGACGAUAUACAGAUUUGAGCCGCUGGUACAGCAUUGCAUUGAAUCCUCCAUGGUGACAACGAGAAAGGUGGCCGAACUUCAGAACGCGGAGCGUAAGGCUCUGAUGUGCCACAUGAAGGUGUAUGAUGACACCUACACCUACACUAAAUGGCUGGAGAUUAUACGCCGAAUGACCCAUGAGGGCGCACCCUGGCACUGCGCCGAGAGAGCUGAAAGCUCCUGGGAGCUGGACGACACGGAGGGACCUUCGCGGGUGCACACAAGAUUACGCCGCUGCCACCUGGACAUUGAUCGACGCUUCUUCAUGCAGGAAUACAGGCCGGGCAAGGGACAACGCGAGGAUCUUGAACCCUACAUGCGUCCCCUGGACUACCUUAUUUCCAGUUACGAUCAGCAAUUGAAUAUAUCCCUGAACUCUCAAAUUCUGUACAACUUUGCUGCCAAGUUCCUGCCCGUUGACGGUGAGAUCGAGGGUGAGAUCAUUAUAACCGACCUGAAGCUGUACUUUCUGGCCACGUAUCGAUGCCGGUACUUCAACGUCAACUGUGAUAUUGCCAACAUAACGGAGAUCUGGCUGAAACGUUACCAGCAUCAGGAGACGGCCUUUGAGAUACUCCUGGACACGAACAAGUCGCUGUUCUUCUCGCUGCAGAACGCCGACGAUUGGAAGAUCAUGCGCGAGGUAUUCUGUGAUAAAAUCGUGGCCACACCCGAUCAGGCCAAAGUGCUGGCCAUUACGCAGCAGUGGCGAGAGGGAUUGCUCACCAAUUGGGAGUAUCUGAUGACACUGAACCAAAUCUCCGGACGUACUUACAACGAUCUCAUGCAGUACCCUGUGUUUCCCUGGGUGCUGGCCAACUACAGCUCGGAAAUAUUGGAUCUAAGGGAGGCACAGAACUUCCGACGUCUGGGGCGACCCAUUGCCGUGCAAGUGGAGGAGAAUGAGAAGCACUAUGUCAGCAACUAUAUGUACAUUGACAGUACAAACACCACCAUGGGCUCGCUGAUUCUUAAGCCCUAUCACUACAGUUCCCAUUACUCCAAUUCCGGCACUGUACUCCACUUCUUGGUGAGGGUUCCACCGUUUACCAGCUAUUUCCUGCGCUACCAGGACAAUGAUUUUGAUCUACCGGAUCGCACGUUCCAUGCCUUGAAUACCACCUGGCUACUGGCCAGUCGGGACAGUCCCACAGAUGUCAAGGAGCUUAUACCGGAAUUCUUUUGCCUGCCGGAAAUGUUUGAUAACUUUGAACGCUUCAAUUUCGGCUGUCGGCAGAAUGGUGAACGUGUUGAGGAUGUCUCCUUGCCUCCUUGGUGUCAGCGAGACUCGCGGCUCUUUGUGCUUAUCCAUCGACAGGCUCUGGAAUCGGAAUUGGUACGGAAUCAGAUUCAUAAUUGGAUUGAUUUAAUCUACGGCUACAAGCAGAGCGGCGAGAGUGCCGUGGAGGCCAUCAAUGUCUUUCAUCCGGCGACCUACGCCGUCUUCCUGGACUCGGAGAUUAGCGAUCCCAUAGAAAGGGAGGCGGUCAAGACGAUGGUAAAGACAUAUGGCCAAAUGCCGCGACAGCUCUUCAAGUCGCCACAUCCGGCCACUAAGGCCCUGGACUAUGCUCUGGUGGACAAACCAAUAGUGUCCACUGUUCGCGGUCUGCGCUGGGGCGUCUAUGUGGGUUCGCCGCAGCUAAAGCCACCAUCCUGGGCCAACAUUCACAAGAUCCCCGGCACCGAGCACUUGGUUAGCUUCAGCAACACAAAUGUGGUGUACGCUUUGCCGGCUAGAGCCAGUGUCAUGCAAGGAGCCGACCCGGACACAUACAAUGUGAUCUCCUGGGGCUACGAUGAUCGGAUUGUGAGGAUCCAACCGCUGAAUAAGCCACAAGCCAAGCCGAAGAACUUGCUGCACAAUGGAACCUUUGACGACAUCACCGCCUGUGGCUGCGAUGUCAACUCGAAUCAGCUAUGGUUUGGCCACAAAUCCGGCAGGGUCAGUGUGUACAAGUGUGCCGGCGGUCUGGAUGCUGCCCACCAGAGAGCUUCUGCCAAGGGAAGACAGAGCUAUGUUCGUGGCUUCAGUCUGUCGUACAACUCGGCUUUCCGCAAGAUGACCAGCAAGGGCAUGGUAGUCGGUGGCUCUGAGAGAUCUGAUGAAGCGGGCAGUCUCCAUCCCACGCACUCUGCUUCUUCGGUGAAUUCGUCUAGCAAUUCCUUUUCUGGCGAUGCCCUGCAGCGUGAUGGAGCCGAUCUGACUUGGUUAGGACCAACACUGCUGGUGCGGCACACCGAUGAGAUCACUUGUAUUACCCUGUCCGUGGAGUUCAAGAUUGCGGUUACCGCGGGACGCGAUGGCAUAGCUGUGAUCUGGGACCUCAAUGAUUGGAGUUAUGUGCGUACGAUUGCCCGUCCGGCCGAGAUUCACCAGUCGCCCAUAACGCAUGUGGCCAUCAGUCCCACAUUGGGUGACAUUGUCACAGUGCAUACACUGCCCGCCCAACCACAGUCUCCAUCGGCAGCAUCUGCAGCUGCCUCAAGACCCACAUCCCUAGCAGUUGUGGCCGACGAGUGCUUUGAGGUGACUGAGGAAAACCUGGACGACUUUGUGAAUGUGAAUGUGAAUCCCAAUGGCAAGUCCAUUCUGCGUUUGCACUCGGUCAAUGCUCGGUAUGUGCAGCAUCUGGUGCAUGAGGAUCGCAUCAUGGCCGUGUGUUACUCGUACAUCAAGGAGGGCGUGGGCGUUAAUGUGAUAGCCACCGCCGUGGAGGGUGGAUUUGUGCGGUUCUGGUCCAGCUGGAACUUGAGCUUUGUCAGUGAACUAACCACGGGCACUUCGCCAAUACGAAGCAUUUGCUAUUCGACACAUCAGCAUUUGGUGGUGCUAACGCGAGAGUCCCACAUCCAGGUGUGGGAAUCUGAGGGACUCUACGGGAAUGCCCCAAAGUUUCCGCAAAUUGUCUACAAAUGAGCAUCGGUUUAGACUCUUAAACAUACUCACUAAACUCACACUUAAGGCAUAUCAAUGACAAACAGAUAAUAAAUUUAAAAAAAAAGCAGCUGAAUCAAAGAACAAACUAAUAUUGUGUCACGGUCAACGAGGAUUAUUGUUUGCUUUUAAAAUAAAUACAUAUUUUCCUUUUGUGACCGCCACAAAUUAGUUAUAUCAGAAGAAGACUUUAUAAGAUUCCUAGGCUUACGUCUCAUAGACACACACCUUUUGUACCAAAACCUUUUAUUAUGAUUUAUAAUUAUACCUUUCGUAUUUUUCGUUUUUUCCCUGCGAUGCAUCAAAAUGCAAUCGCUGCCUUCAAUAUUGUUGAUAUUAUCAAAUAAAAACUAUCAUAUAUUUUGUGAAAACUAA